GCCAAAUUCGAAGUGGAAAUGUUGAUACCUGAUGUUGCUUUACGGAAGAAAAUACAGGAGCACUUCCUGAAUUCACCAUCUCACUAGCGCAACCUCAAAGUACUAGCCCUGAUGGCACAGUGGAUGACCACGCUACAAGAGUUCAGGUACACACGUGUACCACCUGCAAAAAGACGUUUGCACUGUUGCAGGAACUUAAGGAUCACAAACACACAGUGAGACAUGAAUCUCUGCGUUCCUGCUACGUGUGUCACAAAACGUUUACUUCAAGUGCUGGCGUGAAGAAGCACAUGCGAUUGCACACUGGUGAACGACCCUACAGCUGUCACAUUUGCCACAAGACAUUCACUCAAAAUAAUAACUUGAAGCAGCAUUUAAAACUGCACACUGGAGACCGGCCGUACAGCUGCAGCAUUUCUAAGAGCCACCUGAAUAUACAUUCACAGCUGCAUACUGGCAAUCGUCCCUAUAGUUGCGACGUUUGCAACAAGGCAUUCACUCAAAGAUGUCAUUUGAAGCAACAUUCACUGUUGCACUCUGGCGAACGCCUCUUCAGCUGUGGUGUUUGUAACAAGACAUUCAGAACAAGUAGCAGUCUGAAGAGGCAUUCCCAGCUGCAUACUGGCGAACUCCCUUAUAGCUGUGACAUUUGCAACAAGACAUUCAUAUCAAAUAGCCAGCUGACGACGCAUUCACUGCUGCACACUGGUGAACACCCCUAUAGUUGUUACGUUUGUCACAAGACAUUCACGCAAAGUGGUCAUCUGAAGCAGCACUUGCAAUUGCAUACUGGCGAUCACCCCUACAGUUGUAGUGUUUGUGGCAAAACAUUCACGAAAAGUAGUAAUUUGAAGCAGCAUUUGAGACUCCACUCUAGUGAACAUCCUUAAAGCUGUGCUGAGGGA